GGAGAGAGCUCGUUACCGUGAUUGCAGUUUGAUUAAGUAAAAUGGUGUCGGAUGAUGAGGUCCGGAGUUUUUUCUUAUUGCUAAAAUUAUCGUGUUAUUUUCUGCGUGCCGGUAAAUGAUCACAGUGACAGUUUCGGCGUCUUCUUUGAGAAGGAAAAGGGAGGAAUGUGAGGCAGAGACAGGCAGCAAAACAGUCCUCUCGAGUAGCUACAAGUUUAUGACAAACAAACAAACAAAACGCAAGGCAGCGCCUCUUUUUUAACCUGCUGAAGGUGUGGCAGUGCUUCUGUUUUCCUUAUGCGUAUCCUCUUGUUUUCAUUGUUAUUGUUCACCUUUCCUUGAAGGAAUAUGGUAUUCUCUGCUGGGGGUGGCAUUGCUGCUCGCACGGAUGGGGAUCACGGGAAGGAUCGGGUGUUGUGCGAUGCAGUAUUGAACAGCAAAAUGUACAGCCCUGAAAAAAUUACUUGGGAAGACCUAAUUAAUUCUUCCCGGAUGACACCUCGUACCCACUGCUAGCACAGGUUUUCUCUUCUUGGGAAAGGAAAAAAAAAAAAGCCAACGUGUGAUUGUAGUAGGGGUGUUUGUUAUGCAGGCAGAGUUUAUUAAAUCAACUGUAAAAGAAAUGAGUAUAACGUCCUUAAACAGUUUGGAAGAUGAAUGUGUAAUUCCUGAUUUGCUCGAGGUUAAAAUUAGUCUGCUUGCAACCAGGAGCAUCUUUGCUUUAUUAUCCGCUGCUCUUCGGAAUGAGAGGCACAACCAUUUGAAUAGAAGCAUUUUAAAACAGAACCGAUAAAAGCUGUAAUUGUUGGGUUGAGCCAGCAGGCAUCUAUUGCCGUGGGGAAAAAGUUGGCAAGGGAAAGAAAUGGGUUAUUUGCUUUGAAUUCAUCCCACCAACCAGUCAGCCGCACGGAAACUCCUGUAAUUAAAUGGAGAUACCUGCAGAACUCCAGGUGGGAGGGAAAGUGGGUUUUUGGCAUCGUGGGGAGGGGAUGAGCCCGUGGGUGCCUUUCAUCCUGCCUGUUGUUCUUUGGUGAAUGGUGUUAGCUGCGUUGCAUGAAAGACACCAUUAGGAGUCUUCAUGCUCUGCUGAAGGAAUGGCAUCUCAUGGCCAACGCAAGCCUUUCUGUGUUCGCGGGUUUCUGAUUGGGCAACAGAAGUUUACAAAGGGAAUAACUUUUUUUUUUUUUUUUCCUGGUCAUUUCUGACUUUCAUCCCUCCAUGUGGCCAUCCCCACGUGCUGGCACACCGCGGUUCCUCUGAGAAUCCGGUGCUGAAAGUGUUAUGUGCUAGAGGGGGAGAGCUCGGCUGCUUCUCCUUUCUGAUGGAUGGAGGUGCCAUUGUUACCCAUGAAAAAUGGUCUGGUUUGCAGCGCAAGGUUGGACCACGCUUUGUCGCGACACGUGUGCCUCGUACAGGGGCAUGAUGUUUAUGCCUCUCUUCAGCGCGUGCAUCCUUUUGUGAUGGAGCUGCCCACGUCCAGAUUAGAGAUAAAACAGAUAUUCCGCUCCUGUGUCAGCUAAUAAGGAUUUCCUCAGAUGUCUUGUUCCAUCCUCCAAGUCUCUUUGAAACCAACAAGACUGAGGUUAUGAAGUCAAUCCUAGAUGGCCUUGCAGAUACAACUUUCCGAACAAUUACGACAGAUCUCCUUUACGUGGGCUCCAACGAUAUCCAGUACGAAGACAUGAAAGGCGACAUGGCAUCCAAGCUGGGAUACUACCCCCAGAAGUUCCCUCUCUCCUCCUUUAGGGGUGAUCCUUUCCAAGAAAAAAUGACUGCAGGAGAUGAUCCCCUGCUAAGCAUUAUUCCCUCAGACCAGAUCAAUAUCACAGAGUUUUACAACAAAUCCUUGUCCACGUUUAAGGAAAAUGAGGAGAACAUACAGUGUGGGGAGAACUUCAUGGAUAUGGAGUGCUUUAUGAUCCUAAACCCCAGCCAGCAGCUGGCCAUCGCUGUGCUGUCGCUCACCCUGGGCACCUUCACGGUCCUAGAGAACCUCCUGGUCCUGUGUGUUAUCCUCCACUCCCGAAGCCUGCGAUGUAGACCCUCUUAUCAUUUCAUAGGCAGCCUGGCUGUGGCCGACCUCCUGGGCAGCGUGAUUUUUGUCUACAGUUUUGUUGAUUUCCAUGUUUUCCACCGGAAGGACAGCCCCAACGUCUUCUUGUUCAAGCUGGGUGGAGUUACAGCCUCCUUCACUGCCUCCGUAGGUAGCCUUUUUCUCACGGCAAUAGACCGGUACAUAUCUAUACACAGGCCACUAGCUUACAAAAGGAUUGUAACCCGACCAAAGGCUGUCGUUGCGUUUUGUGUGAUGUGGACCAUCGCCAUUGUAAUAGCUGUUCUUCCGCUGCUCGGCUGGAACUGCAAAAAGCUCAACUCUGUGUGUUCAGACAUAUUCCCUCUCAUCGAUGAGACGUACCUGAUGUUCUGGAUUGGGGUCACCAGCGUCCUCUUGCUGUUCAUUGUCUAUGCCUAUAUGUACAUACUGUGGAAGGCGCACAGCCACGCUGUUCGCAUGCUUCAGCGCGGCACGCAGAAAAGCAUAAUCAUUCAGAGUACGGAGGAUGGUAAAGUACAGAUCACUAGACCUGAUCAAACUCGUAUGGACAUCAGGUUAGCCAAAACCUUGGUCCUUAUUCUAGUCGUUUUAAUCAUAUGCUGGGGCCCUCUCCUCGCCAUAAUGGUGUACGAUGUCUUUGGGAAAAUGAACAAGCUCAUCAAGACUGUCUUUGCCUUCUGUAGCAUGCUCUGUCUGCUGAAUUCGACAGUGAAUCCCAUCAUCUACGCUCUGAGGAGCAAGGACUUGCGACAUGCCUUCCGGAGCAUGUUCCCCACCUGCGAAGGGACUGCACAGCCUCUGGAUAACAGCAUGGAGUCUGACUGCCAGCACAAACACGCCAACAACGCGGGAAACGUGCACAGGGCUGCUGAGAGCUGCAUUAAGAGCACAGUUAAGAUUGCCAAAGUGACCAUGUCUGUCUCCACAGACACGACUGCUGAAGCAUUGUAAGUCAGAGACUUCUCAGCGUUGUGAGAAAAGGAGUUGGUUAAAAAAAAAAAAAAUUAAUUCAACAACAGAGAAUACCAAACCCGUGGCUUAACGUGUUUGUACCUCCCUGUAAUAUCUUUUCGGUUUGUCAUUGUAAGCUAAGCAAUGGUUGUGUUAAGAGCAUUACCAUCCGCCAGUUCUUUGAGUUUUACAAUUAGGGAUCCAAGCUAAAUUUUCAAAAGUUGUUUGGUUGUUUCUUUUUCCCCCUCAAAAAGUGUUUACUGGAUAAUAGCAAGUUUCCUGCAAGAGCACAGGAAAAACACCAAGCUAGCAAAAGUUCCUUUUAGGGGUGCGAAGAAAAAUUGUGAAACCUAAUUGAAAACGAAUGCAUCCUAAAUCAGUACCAUUCAAUAAGAAAAAGCCUUGUCAUCAUGCUGUCCAUCUCAAUGUGAAAUGUAUUUCAUGUCUGUAAGUAAUAGGAGUUUUUGAUUUUUUCCAAAAGCGGCAGUGCUGAGUUUUAGAAGUUUUGUAAAAUGUGUUGUGUCCUGUGAAUUGUAUGCUGUUUUAUUAUGUGUUAUUGAUAUUUGUCCGAUUAAACAAAGUGAUAAGGUAGAUUUAUGUGGAAAUAAUGUGAAAUGUGAUAUGUAAACCCCAUUGAAAACACUUACUGUAUUUGAAGAGUUCCUAUGAGCUAUUUUGGAAAUUUUACACUUCUAGUGGUCUUCUGUGGACUUAGGGGAAAGGCUUCAUGUUCUUUUACUAAAAUUACUUCCCUACUACCUUUUAUUUUCACAUGCAUAUGAGAAUAACAGCAACAAAGGAAUAGAGGAGGAAUAUAAGAAAGGAAUGCACUGGUUCAGACUUUUAAAUACCGCUGCGUUUAUACAGAAGGACAUUUACUGUUGUACAGACUUAUCUCCCUUCUCUUGGGUGUUGUGUGACUAUGAACACUGAAAGCAGAGGUCCCGGAUUUUGGCUCCUUGUGUCACAUGUUGGUGCUGGACCGCUGAAGACAGCAUGUGUCUGGUUCCGCGUGCGAUGUAAUCACUGUGCCGUCGAUGUAUACUUGAAGUGUGUCGCAUUCCUGUAUCCCAGGUUUAAGCCAAUUCAGAGCCUGAGAUGCCGGACUUCAGCCUUCACUCAGAGAGGGGGGAAGUAUUGUCAGAUUUAGGCAUUUUCUUAUUGUGUGAGCGUGUAUAUAAAUAAAUAUCUAUGUGUGUGUACGUGUGUGUGCGUGUGUGUAUGUAAGUAUAAUAAGUGUGAGUCACGGUAGCAUAACUAAGAUAGGACACUAUGACCAAAUGUAAGCUGUAUUUCUUGUUGCACGCUUUGCACACAAAUUCUGUUUCUAAAAUUGAGUUCUUCCAACUGAUUACUGGCGAAGGUACCGUAUUACGAACAUACAGAUCCAACACUGAGGGGUGUAUCCAUGUGCUAGAGGAAACAACCUUCCAGCUGUGCUUGAGAAUGAAAUGCAGCGAGGCAGAGAUGGGUGUGAGCCAGCACUGACCACUGGAGUGGCUGCUGAGGGCGUUCUGGAAAUGGAGGACGCCAGAAAUAAAGGAGCGUUUCAAUCCAUACGUAUUCUGAUCUGAUUGUGUGAAACGAGGUGAGUCUUGCUGUGAAACCAGGAUACAGAGGACAAGGUGUGAUUUCAUCAGCUUCGAGGAAGGUGAAGUUACUCAUAAAAGUGGAGACUCUUCUCUGUAGUGGGAUUGUGUUUGACACCUGGAAUUUCCACAAGGAGAAUGUUGCUAGUCUUUAAGGCAUGGAUAUUGUCUAACACUGAAGGUACUGUGUCCUGUUCUCUGCUGCCUUCCUUUUUUGGACUGUUUCCUUAUGCCCCUCCUGGCUGCUUUCUGCCAAAAUGGCUGUGAGUGUGGCCUAGCCCGCUAGCUGCCUGGUGUACGCCACAGGUGGACUGACUCCCUCAGUGACACUGGGCCAGCAGAGCUGCUGUCCUGCAGAGGGCUUACAUAGGGAAGGAGGGCAGGGUGGUAGCUUUGAGGUUGCUGGCCACCAGGAUGUCUCCAUGGUGUUUGGAAGUUGUAGUGCAGGCCAGAGCAGCUGGUAGCACAAAAGGCCAAGCUGAGCUUAGCUGGCAGCUCUUCGGUGGCAGAGGUGGUUGUGAGUUCAGGGCGCUCAGAUGCUGUGUGUGAUGGCACCUGGCAGAGUUCUCCUCAGGAGAGGUACUGGGCAGCAAAAGUUAUGGGGGUAUUCUCUUCCACCUCCCUCCCUGCAGCUAACCUGAGUGGUGGGACACGACAUCCCGCCCCUGAGUGGGCCAGCGCAGGUCUCUCUCGUAUCUAGAUGUAGUCCUUCCUAGAGCAAUCCUCUUGGAGAGGAGGGGGGAAUCCCACUUAAAUGUAAAGGUAUUUUAAGAGCCAUUUUUGAAACUGUCUUCUUGUGAAUUAAAUGCAAACUUUGUGGACUUUCGUUGUGUAUUUGAGUUCUAAAUUUUAUGUGAUAAAUCAUGGGACAAUGGGGCUGUCUUGGCACUUAACUUGGUGCUUACUGAUAGAAUAAGAAAUAGCAUCCUGUGAAACGUUACCGUCUAUCAUCAGGAUCUUCAUUUGCAUAAUGAGUUUUUCUAAAGCUCUGGGAGCUGUGUCGGUUCACUUAGAACCAUUUAUUCAAGAGGUGGCAACCAUUUGCCUACAAGUUGCACAUGGAGUGGGACGGCCAAUUCAUUAGCAAAACCUGCUGCCGUUCCGAGAUAAGCUGUACUUCACCUUCAGCUCUAGCAGUUCCCCAUUUGCAGCUGACUACCUUCACCUAGCGAUAGCACAGCCAACCUGUGCUCCACGGCCACCCACACUGUCACCACCCAACCAGCGAUAGUCACCAUUAUGUGUACCUGAAAACUCCAAAUGUCGUAUAGCUGUAAGAAGAUCAUUUGUGUUACAUGCGUGCAGAGUUAGAUUCUCAACAGUCUUGAUUGUAUAUUUGUAUAAUAUAAUCUCCGCGACGCUGUGCAAUCGAUAUCCGCGUUUUCUUGCACUGGUCUCUGGAUGAAAAUUGUAGUGUGUCUGUUGCGAGAUAGACAGCGCAUUUUGCCUGCUGUUACUGGGCUGAAUGUAUGUAAAUAAGUGGGAAAAACAAACGUCAUCUGUACAAGCAGUGGCCUAAAAGUCUGUAAUUGUAGAGUAGGGCAAUUGUUGAAGUUGCUGUGACAUCUCAAAUACUACCUUUGAAUAAACUGUUUACAAGGUCUCUUGAGAUGCUGUCUCAUAGUGAAAGGAAAAUACUUCCCUGUGAUAAUAUAAGGUAAAGAGAUGGGGCUACCCGAGCUUUUUAUUUCCAGUGUUUGAAAGUGGAGAACAUAACUCUUUAUUGUCUGUAAAUCUUACAUUAUUACUUCCUCUUAGAAGAAUAUUGUAUCAUUAGAUGUUUGUUUGAGCUGGUAACAUCCUUGCAACUGCUGCAAUAUUUUUCAUUAGCAACCUGUAUAAUAGUUUGUACACAAGUACUGUUCAGAUUGUCAUGAAAAGUAGCUUUGACCAUUUACCUACCAGUAGCAGAAUAGUAUUUCUGUAAGAUUUCCAGUGUACUACUACCAUAUCAUAUUUUAUUUCUAUAAUGUAAUUAAACUGUUAUUUAUUCAAGGAAAAAAAGAAGCAUUCCUCUACUUUUUUUUUGUUUUCCAAAUUUUGAGGUAAUGAGGAAGCCACGUGAUGAUGCUGCCUCAUCCCACAAUCUGGUGCUCUACGUUUUGUUUAUAAAUUUGUCUGUCAGAUUCUGAAACAACUGCUUAAACAACUUGACGACAGGUUGUCAAGCUCUGUGGGGUUUAAUUGUACGCUGAUAUCUUUGAAGGAGGAGGUAGAUUAUGUAUUUGUGUAUUCAGUACUAUGGAGACGAGAGAAAUGACAUAGUUAAAACUGAAUCUCCUGCUCCAUUAUGUAGGCAAUUUCCCCUUUCCUCUGUAUUAGCAAAAAAUGCAAUAAAUCUCUUUUGCCUUCGUCAGA